UGGUACGCGCUUCAAUGAGAGGACUAUUUGGCUUCAACAGACAGUCUGACGUGCAGACUUCCCCAAGUCGAGAGUGUGAGAUCAUCUGCGACUUUAUCUACUUUUACUCCAACGCGAAGAGGUUCAAAAGGUUCAUCAUGGGAAACAGGCUCAGCAGAAAGCAAGACACCCCAGGCAACUGCACUGAAACUGCUGCCACUGAACAGAACACUGCAGAGGAGCAAGCAGCUGCACAACCUGCAGAAGACUCUGAGAUAAUGCAAACUCAGGAGGCCAUUGAGAUAGAAAAUCUAGAUUUGGUGUUGGGAGAGCCAGUGAAACUAGUGGCGUGUUUACCCCCUGAAGAAUGUACAUCAGAGUGUAAGGAGGUGGAAGCUCCUGCUGCCCCACUAAAUGAUGCUGAACCAGAGCUUGUGGCAAAGGAAACCCCAGUUCCAGUCCAACCUGAGCCUGUGGUCUUAGUUAGCAAAACAUCACCUCCAGAAUCAGAACCAAAACCUGUUGCUGAAGCUCAGCUUGCUCCAGAACCAGCUCCAGAGCCUAUUCCCGAACCAGAGACUACCUCAAAUCCAGAAGCAGAAAUUGAGGCAGUCCCUGAGCCCAUCUCCGAGUCAGUCCCAGCCUUAGCUGAGGCCCUGGAGCAGCAGACAGACCUGCUUACUCAAGAGUCUCUCCCUGAGCCGGUGCUUUCUUCACCCCCUUUGAUCGACCUGGGUGUCCAUGAUGUAACUCCCCAACCUAUUAACACUCCUCCCUCCCCAGUUUCCAUCCCUUCCCCAGUUAAUGCCGAUGAGCCCUCAGACAUCCCCAUGACUCAGGAAUGCCAAGACAGUGUUGAGGUUUCUGUGAUUUCCACAUUUGAGUUGGAAAGGUCUGAGUGAAUGGAUAUUUUUUUUGUGAAACCCUCUUAACCCUUUACAUGAAUUCAAAAAGAAUCACAGAUACAAGGUUUGUCUAUUAUUAUUAUUAUUAUUAUUAUUAUUAUUCUUAUUAUUGACAUCUUAAGUGGCCUAAUAAAGGCAAACAGCUAUUUCUCUUUAAUAAUGAACCAAAUGUGCCAAAUCAACUCUGGAACAAACUGAUGUCUUGUCGGUUUUCACACAAAAUUAAAUCUUGAUACAUUUUUGAUACAUGUAUACAGCCAGCGCAUGUGUGGGUGAGGGGUGAAGGGGCUCAAACAGCACCGGGGACAUGAGUGCACUUGAGUGUAUUGUUGGACAGCAGAGAUCUUUCUCUAUGCAAAUUCACCAAACAAGAAUUUAAACGUAUUUCUUGUAGGGACUUGCCAUUGCUAUAUAACAACCCUACACCAGGGAAGACAAGUGUGAAAGCACAGAGGGAAAAGUAAAAACUUUUUUUAGGUGGAUAUGUGCGUGCACAGCACUCAGAAGUUAAUGCAAAACAACAGGCAAGGGACAGUAGCAAUGCAACCAAAGGUGGAGACAGUAUAUGCAUACCACUAUAUAGCAGGAUACAAGUGUCCAAUAAACAUGUAUGCCUUAACAUACUUAUAUUUGGACCUUGUAAUAUUCCUCUAACAGGUGUGAUCAUCAUCUUAUUGUAUUUGCAAUACAAUAAUGGGAUUUCUUAACCCAAGUAGUGGCUUGCUUGUGAAAAUAAAAAUAUUAUUCCAA